AUGGCGGCCGGCGGGCGCGUGCGGUUCAACGUGGGCGGGCAGGUGUUCGAGACGACGACCACCACGCUCGCCAACGCCGGCCGGGACUCCAUGCUCGGCGCGCUACUCGACUCCUCCUGGAACGUCUCCUCCUCCUCCCCCUCGGGCGGCGGAGUGGCCGAGUACUUCAUCGACCGCAACCCGGCCUGCUUCGCGGUGCUGCUGGACCUGCUCCGCACGGGCAGCCUCCACGUGCCGCCGCACCUCCCGGAGAAGCUGCUCUAUUGCGAGGCGCUCUACUACGGCCUGCUCGACCAUGUGCGCGCCGCGCGGUGGGGCGCGUUCGACGGCGACCGCCUUCGCCACGCCGCGUCCGUGCCCGGGCGCGCGCCCGGGGACGGCACGGCCAUCCGCGCGGCGCCCGACGGCGGGUGCUGCGUCGCGCACGGCGGCGCCGUGCGCGUGUACAACUGGAUGCUCGACGAGCGCCGCCCGGUGUCGCUCGACCACUCGCAGGUCAACGACGCGGUCUACCUCGACGCCGCCACGCUCCUGAUCGCGGCCCGCGAGCGGCUCGGCAAGCGCGACGGCGGCAUGGCCGCCUUCUCCGCGGCCUCUGGCGACCUCUGCCACCGCUUCCGCGUCGCGCAUGACCGACAGGUCAAGUCCUUCACCGCCGGCGCGCUGGCCUUCGACCAGGACUCGAGGAUCUUCGCCAGCUGCAAGGGCCGGCUCAACGAGUACGGCAUCGGCGUCUGGGACCGCGUCACCGGCGAGCAGGCCGACUUCUUCUACGAGCAACCCGGCUGCGCCCUGGGCGACGCCGAUAAGCUACAGUGGCUGGACGCCACCAACGCGCUCAUGGUGGCCACGCUGUUCCCCAAGGCGGACAACUGUUUCAUCGGCCUGCUGGACUUCCGGGCCAAGAACGUGGUCUGGUCCUGGUCGGACGCCGGCGCGGCCGCGUCGCUGGACGACAAGCGCGUGCUCCACGCCAUCGCCAUGGAGGACGAGCGCUCCGUCUGCGUGAUCAACCAGUACGACGACCUCGGCUUCCUCGACCUCCGGAGCGGCGCCGGCGGCGUGAGGUGGAGCUCCCGGAGCAAGCUGAUGAACCGGAAGGUGCCCGGCGAGGAGAGCUGCUACCCGAAGCUCGCCACGCACGGCGGGCAGCUCUUCUCGUCGAUGAACGACAGCAUCUCCGUGUUCAGCGGGCCCGAGUACGUGCUGACGUCGACGCUCCGGCGCAGCCACGGCGGCGCCAUCUGCGACUUCUCGAUCGGCGGCGACCGGCUCUUCGCCCUGCACAACGAGGAGAACGUGUUCGACGUCUGGGAGACGCCGCCGCCGCCGAUCAUCUGA